AGAGAGAAUCACAUCCCUAGAGCAGUCGCCUGAGUCUGGAUUAACGUCAUUUGCCAAAGAACGUAUCUACCACCCUCGUCGAUCAACUGAUGAUGAUGAUUUGACGCGUGGUUCAUCGCGACGAACCAGUCGUUAUAAAUCCAAAAUGGAGAAGGCCAGGAAAGAGUUCUUGUCUACAGAUACCAGCCCUACAUCCGAUCCUUACGGUGAUCGUUUUCGUCAAUCACAAGAAGAUCUACAACGUCCUCGACCCGAAUAUCGAGGAACCUUCCCGCAACAAACCUACAGCAAUGGUGAUUGGAUACCAAAG